AUUGCAUCCGUGAACUGAUGAAUUGGUUUGAAAAUCGUCAAGUGUUUGUUUUACUGAAUUGAUAUAUAAAUUAUUUUCUGUUUCUUCUAAUCGUCUUACAAUUCUUGAAGGGUGAAAAGUUUAUUUUGUUGGUUAUAUGGUCAAUUAAGCUGCCGAUUUUCAGUAGUUUAGUUCUAUGAAACAUCCUUUUCAGUCUGUUCUUUUUCUUUGUGAGAAGCUGAUUUCGAUUCUUAAUUUCGGAGGCUAAUUGGAGGUUAUUUGAUCAAUAAAGCUUCCAUUUUUAUAUAUGAUCAGUGUCUUCACGUAAUUCCUUUAAUGGAUCGAUGCGACACAUCAGGAUUUGUUAGCAGCGGUUCAAAGUGUUGAUUGAAGAAAGUCCAAUGGCUGACACCCCUUCAUAUUUUCCUUCCAGCUCGCCUUCAAACGCAUGCAAAUGUAUUCAAAAAGUCGUUAAUGGCGGAAUUAAUUUCCCCUCAAGCUUUCACUCACUGGACUCCACUCAAAGCAAGAGAAAACGUAGCUUCAUUGACGGGUAUUUGGAUUUGCAAGCUGCGUCUUCCUUGUCUCUUGGGCUGGGUUGCUCUAUAACCUCCGGUCUCACCAUGUUUUCCGGCAAAGAAACUGAAGAAAAUUCUUCCGGCAAUCUUGAUCUUACAAUGAACCUCAACACACAGAACGUUGACCAAGUCAAACCAUCAAGAAUUGAAAGAACCGAAGUUGAUCUUGAAUUAAGUCUCGCAGGUGGUUCAAUUGAAUCUGAUGUAACUGCUGUUAGUCAACCAUCUUUUCCGUUCAUGAAUACUAGCAGCACCAUGACCUCUGCCGGAGUUCAACUUGUUGAUGAAGGCUCCACGUCAUCCAAAUGGAAAUUACCUCUUUUGCCCCCGUUUCUUACUAAAGACCCUACACCGCUUCUUCUCAAUAUUCAAGGGUAUAACGGUCCAAAUUUAGUUAUUCAUACCGCAUCACCUUCAUUAGAUUCUGUAUUACCCCAACAACAAAAUCGACGUACAGGUAACGUGAAAGACUGCCGGUUCACCGGAUGCACACGUGGCGCAAGAGGAGCUUCCGGAUUCUGCAUCUCCCAUGGCGGCGGCAGGCGGUGCCAGCGAGGCGGCUGUCAAAAAGGAGCCGAAGGUAAAACAGUGUUCUGUAAAGCCCACGGCGGUGGUCGCCGGUGCGAGUUUCUCGGCUGCACCAAAAGCGCCGAAGGCCGUACAGACUACUGUAUCGGCCACGGUGGCGGCAGGCGAUGCAGCCACGAAGGCUGCACCCAUGCCGCCAGGGGAAAAUCAGGGUUAUGUAUACGCCAUGGUGGCGGGAAGCGGUGUAAAGCGGAAGGGUGUACGAAAAGCGCCGAGGGUGUUACCGGUCUGUGCAUCUCCCAUGGUGGUGGCCGGAGGUGCCAAUUUCCGGCGUGCUCGAAAGGUGCUCAGGGGAGCACGAUGUUUUGUAAAGCUCAUGGUGGUGGGAAGCGGUGUACUUUUUUAGGGUGUACGAAAGGGGCGGAAGGUAGUACGAAUUUUUGUAAAGGCCAUGGUGGUGGGAAGCGGUGCACGUUUGAAGGCGGUUGUACGAAGAGUGUCCAUGGUGGGACUCUUUUUUGUGUGAAUCAUGGUGGUGGAAAGCGGUGCGCAGUGGCUGAGUGUACAAAAAGUGCUAGAGGCCGGACUAGUUUUUGUGUUCGUCAUGGUGGUGGCAAAAGAUGUAAAUAUGAGGGGUGUGGGAAGAGCGCGCAAGGCCGAACGGAUUUCUGUAAGGCACAUGGCGGCGGAAGGCGGUGUUCGUGGGGCCAACCGGAACAAUCCGGUGGUCAAACCUCAACUCCUUGUGACAAGUUUGCUAGAGGGAAAACCGGUCUUUGUGCUUCACAUAGUCAGUUGGUUCAAGAUGACCGGAUUCCUGGACUCAUGGUGGACCAACCUCAGCCGGUUAUGGCGGAAUACGGUGGCUACGUGCUACCAGAAGGCAGGGUUCAUGGCGGCAGUUUGAUGGCUAUGCUUAGAGGAUGCACCGGUGGCCAAUCGGAACCGGGGGGAAGUCAGCCUAUUAAUGGUGGUAGGUGGUUGUAAAGUGAAACUUGUGAAGUCUCCUCCAUUUGGUUUAGUUGUAAUGUGUUGUUGAACAUAAGGUUAGAGUGAUGUAUACAGGUUAGUGUUAGAUAUUGGCUGUGGUUCAUGUGUACUUGGUGUAAACAUAGUGUGAAUAGUUGGUUAUGUUUGGUAGGUUUGUUCCUGUUAAAAUCUUUAAGUGCAUAAUAUAUUCAUCAUUUGGAAUUGGAAAAA